GCAAAUCUUAGUUGGCUUGAUAAAGCUGACGUUGUCAUGUAUAAUAUUUCAAAAUUUCUUUUAAAUUCGGCAGAUCUCCCAGCAAAACUACAUAUUUAAGUAAAAUUGCAUUCCCAGUAUCAGAUUUUUCAAAUUAUCCUUUGAAAUUUAAGCAUGAGCCUGUAGUCCUGAAACGUAGCUAUACCAGCACCACCUGAAUAAUCCGCUUGGUUCAACCCUUAUACAAGUUUCCCGAAUAAUGGAAAGUCCCACGCAAUUCGAAGAAGAAUGCCUCGCCGAGCACAACCGAAUCAGGGCAAUACACGGGGCACCUCCUUUAGUCCUAGAUCGAAAUCUUAGCGAUUUUGCAGAAGAAUGGGCCAAAGUGUUACUUCAAAAAAAUACCAUGGAGCAUCGGGAGGGUCACAACUAUGGUGAAAACAUUUAUAUGGCUUCGGGUAAAGAUGUUGAUGGGACCAUACCAGUUCAGGCCUGGUAUAAGGAAAUUAAGGACUAUAAUUUCAAAAAGGCUCUAUUCUCCCCAAAUACCGGUCACUUCACUCAGCUUGUUUGGAAAAAUACUACCAAAUUAGGCGUAGGACGUGCCAGAAGUGGUAAAGUAACGUUUGUAGUUUGCAACUAUGAUCCGCCUGGAAAUUUCAAAGGAAAAUUCAGUGAUAAUGUCCUACCAGAUCGUAGUUUCCGAUCCGGCUCGACAGACCAGCUGUUUCGGCGAUGUCCUAGACGACUUCGUCCAGGGGCUACUCUGCUUGGGCACUGGCCAAGUUCCGUACUAGGCCCUGGAUUCUGCUUCCAUGGCCGUGGUUCACUCGUUCCGGGCUGGCGAAACUUAACUCUGGAACAACUGGGUGUCCUAUUCCUGCAAAGCUGCUUAUCCUCAAAAUGUUCCGAUCAAGAAAACUUUGAAAGUGCACGAGCGAUAGCCUUUAGUGAACCACCUAUGCUUCAAUUAAGUCAAGCAAAAGCCAUAGCUAUCAGUGAACCACAAAUACCAGAGCUAUUCUUCGAAAACGAGUGUUUGGCAGAACAUAAUAGAUUGCGAGCCCGACAUGGAUGUCCACCCCUUCAACUGAAUUACGGACUCUGUCGUUUUGCUGGUGAAUGGGCUCAAUACCUCGCUGAUCACAAUGAAUUUCGACAUCGGCCAAAUAACCAAUUCGGUGAGAACUUGUACUGGGCUUCAGGGUCAAAUGUGACUGGCGAGGAUGUUGUGGACAACUGGUAUAAUGAAAUAAAAUUCUACGAUUUUGACCAUCCAGGAUUUUCCGAGAAAACGGGACACUUUACUCAGGUGGUAUGGAAGUCCUCGAGGAGGCUGGGAGUUGCAAUUGCAAGGAGGGGCUCUUCAACCUGGGUAGUUGCCAAUUAUGAUCCACCAGGCAAUUAUAGCGGUCAGUUCAAAGAUAACAUACUCUUGUCAGUUUGGCGUCAAAAAUCUUCAGUAUUAAGUGCUAAAGUGCAAUAUUGUCUUCCAACCAAGCGCCGUGAUGCGGUUAAUAAGGAGUACUCAGACCCUGUUUGCGAGACAACAAAGCGACCAGAGAUCAGCAAACCGGCAAUAGAAGCGUCGAAAUUCGAAGCUGAGUGUUUGGAUGAACAUAACCGACUUCGAGCGCGACAUGGAUGUCCCCCACUUCAACUGGAUCGCAACAUGUGUCGGUAUGCGGACGAUUGGGCCCGAACACUAGCCCAAAGGAGCGAGAUUCAACAUCGACCUAAUAACAAAUAUGGCGAAAAUCUGUACUGGGCUUCAGGAUCGGAGGUCAGCGGGAAGGAUUGUGUCCAGUCAUGGUACAAUGAAAUCAAAGACUACAGGUUUGGAAACGGAGGUUUCUCCAUGAAAACAGGGCACUUUACGCAGGUAGUGUGGAAAUCGUCCUCGAAGCUCGGCAUUGCUAUUCAAAAAAGGGGUCCCAGCACUUGGGUUGUUGCCAAUUAUGACCCGCCAGGCAAUUACAGCGGCCAAUAUAGAGAAAAUGUACCACCACCGAGGGGCUAGCUUUUAAGUUGAUGCUCCCGUGAAAAUUUCAGGACCAAAAAGACAUGCCAAAAGACAUUAGGAUACCCAUCUUUGCUUUAAGUUGUAUUAUAUCAUAGGACCAAAUAACUGGUUUCCGCAAAACUGGAAAAUCUUUUGUAAAAAAUUCCAGUAAAGAUUUCUUCAUAGUUUUGCCGGUUAUUCCAAAAUAUACGGUUGGUAACGACCCCUCCGAUAUCCCUAGAACGUAUAAGCGCUGAAUUUUUUAAUCAGUGAAAUAGUGGAGUGCUAUCGGCGGAUUUAUGCAGUAAUCUCUUUGAGUUAAUUUUCUUUAUAGGCUUAUUUUGUGUUUUUCAUGUAUAAAUGAAAGUUUGGCUAUAAAGUAUUUUUAAUAAACUCAGAAAACUGCGACAGUUUCAUUAAAAUCUGACAGA